GUUGGUGUCUGGGCGGCUGCGCAUGCCCAGUGGAAUUAUGUAACAUUGAAAAAGUUACACAAUGUUCCAAUGCUGGCUUUUGUAAAAGAGCAAAAUCGAAGGGAGAGUGCAAAUCGACGGCAAUAGAAGGGCAACAGCGCCUGCGGCUGGCAGCUCAAAGCAGGUUAUUAAGCAUCACUUGCCGAUCAUUUUGCCACAGGCUUUCUGUAAUUUACUGCCACCGGCCUUCAGGUUGUGUGAGUCUGCAGUGUGCUAAACAAAGAAACAAUAUGUCUAAGAAUGGGAAACAAACCGACAGGAAUGCUAAAGAUUCUGAGCAUGAGAAAAAAAUUGAAGAGAAAUCAAAUAAAAAGGAAACUGCAUUUUCCAGCUCCUCCAACAGUCUGAAAACAUCCACGAAAAAAUCAACGAAGAAACGCAAUCAUAAUAACUCCAGUCGGGAAGAUUCCCCAAAGCUCCAAGCUAAGGGAAAGAGAACAGUGGAAGAGAGACCUCCAGGAUUGAUUGAGAGGAAAUUGUCCAAUUCGAGGAUCAAUAAAAAGAGGAAAACUGAACACCAGGCUGAGACAUCUCUUUCUGGAGAAGGAAAUCUGUUGAAAAGUAUCAAUAAGUCACGUUUGGCCACAGCAAAAUCAGUGGAAGAGUUUAAUUUUAACGAAAAACGCAUCCGUCUCCUUUCUAAAACAGAGAGUGUCAGGGAAAACUCUUGGGGAAUUAUUUACUGGAUGUCCCGUGACCAGCGAGUACAGGAUAACUGGGCUUUCUUAUAUGCACAACGGAUAGCUCUUAAGCAUAAACUUCCGCUCCAUGUCUGCUUCUGUCUGGUGCCCAAAUUCCUAGAUGCCACCAUCCGCCAUUUUGGUUUCAUGCUAAAGGGACUCCAAGAAGUUGCUGAGGAAUGUAAGCAGCUGAAUAUUUCUUUCCAUCUGCUCAUUGGUUUUGCCAAAGAUGUGCUGCCAGAGUUUGUGAAAGGGCACAACAUUGGAGGGAUAGUUACAGAUUUCUCUCCAUUGCGUCUCCCACUGGAGUGGAUCGAGGAUGUAAGACACAACCUACCAGAAAAUUUACCAAUUAUUCAGGUCGAUGCUCACAAUAUUGUACCCUGCUGGGUAACUUCAGACAAACAAGAGUACAGUGCCAGAACAAUCAGGAAGAAAAUUCAUGAUAAACUCCCUCAGUUCCUGACGGACUUUCCUCCAGUUAUCCAACAUCCUUUUAGCUCAUCCUUGAAAGCACAGUUGAUUGAUUGGGAUGCAGCUGCAGCAAACCUUGAAGUGGAUCGCACAGUGAAGGAAGUUGAUUGGGCUAAAUCAGGGACUGCAGCAGGGCUAAUUAGGAUGGAGUCAUUCAUUAAGGAGCAGCUUCAGCAUUUCAGCACUGACAGAAACAAUCCAAAUAAAACUGCCUUGAGUAAUAUGUCACCGUGGUUUCACUUUGGUCAGGUUUCAGUUCAGCGAACCAUUCUGGAGAUAAAGAAAUACCGCAACAAGUUUAAGGACAGUGUGGACAGUUACAUUGAAGAAGCUGUAGUGCGACGGGAGCUGGCAGACAACUUUUGUUUUUACAAUAAACAAUAUGACAAGAUUGAAGGUGCUUCUGACUGGGCCCAUAAAACUUUGAAAAUGCACAGCAAAGACCAACGGCAGUAUCUUUAUACACUGAAAGAACUGGAAGACGGGCGAACACAUGAUUCCUUGUGGAAUGCAGCACAGCUUCAGAUGAUCCAUGAGGGGAAGAUGCAUGGUUUUCUUCGAAUGUACUGGGCUAAAAAGAUUCUGGAAUGGACUACUUCUCCUGAGGAAGCCUUGAGGUUCUCCAUCUACCUGAACGAUCGCUAUGAACUGGAUGGCAGAGAUCCAAAUGGAUACGUAGGUUGCAUGUGGUCAAUCUGUGGAAUUCACGACCAAGGCUGGAAAGAGCGACCUGUUUUUGGCAAGAUUCGCUACAUGAAUUAUAAUGGUUGUAAGAGGAAAUUUGACAUUGGUCAGUUUGAAAGAAAAUACAGUUACAAUUAGUUUAGAAAUCCAUUGUAAGUCAAUAUGCAUCCUUUCAUAAAAUUGAAUAUUAUGGA